GCGACGCGGCUACCCUCACCGACGCGCAACGACAGGACCUCGGCAUCACGACUCCGCUUCCCAAAACCCUCGCGCAGAGUCUCGACGCGCUCGAGUCUGAUCUUGCGCUUCGGGAACUGCUCGGUCCGUUCCUGGUCCGCAAUUAUGUGAUUGUCAAGCGGGCCGAGGCCAAGAAGCUGGCUGCCAUGGGCGACGAGGAGCGAAGGACGUGGCUGAUUGAGCGGUACUAA